AUGGCUGCCAAAGACGGCAUCGUCGAGCCGGGAGUUGGGCGGAGCCGCAAGACUUUUGAGGAGGAGUGGGCUGCCAAAGACGGGAUUGUGGAACCGAGAGUUGGGUUCAACCGCAAAACUUUGGAUGAUAGCAGCAGGUUGCAGCAGCAGGUGCUGCUUCGCAGCAGCAGCAGCAGCAGCGUCAACAGCAACAGGUGCUGCUGCGCUGCAGCAGCAGCAGCAGAAGCAGCAGCAGCAACAGGUGCUGCUGCGCUGCAGCAGCAGCAGGGGCUCUGGCGGUGCGCUUCUUCUGCAGCAGCAACAGCAGCAGCAGCAGAGAGGCAGCAGCGUCAGCAGCAGCAGCAGCAGCAGCAGCAACCUCAACAGCAGCAGCCAACUGGUCAGCAGCAGCAGCAGCAGCAGCAGCACACCGCCAUGGAGGCCGCGGGUCCCGCGGAUGCUGCUCCAGCAGCAGCAGCAGCAGCAGCAGCAGCAGGCAAGGGAGCAGCAGCAGCAGCAGCAGAGGAGCAGCAAAAACGAAGAAAGACCAGAUGGGAGCGAGACGGCACAGCCGAUAAUGCAGCAGCAGGAGCUGCUGCUGAGGCUCCCGCUGCUGCUGCUGCUGCUGCUGCUGCAGCUCCGGGAGCAGCAGCCCCUGCAGCAGCAGCAGCAGCAGCAGCGCCGGCAGCAGCAGGUGCAGCGGGGGGCCUGAAGCUGCCUUUCAGCAUUCAAGCAGCAGCAGCAGCAGCAAGAGAAGCUUUGGAGAAGGCGAAGAAGGCAGCUUCGCUGCAGCGGCAGAUUCAGGAGCAGCUGAAGCAGCAGCAAGCAGCAGCAGCAGCAGCAGCAGCAGCAACAGCAGGCGCUGCGUCUGGCCCCUCCCUUGCUGCUGCAGCAGCCGUUGCAGCAGCAACUCCCAGCACCACGAGCCCAGCAGCAGCAGCAGCAGCAGCUGCUGCUGCUGCUGCUCUUGCUGCGCAGCAGGCGAAGGCGAGCACGGGGCAGCUGACGGCGGGGAUCGGGGCGACGAACCCGCUGCUGCAGCAGCAGCUGCUGCUGCUGCAGCAGCAGCAGCAGCAGCAGCAGCGGCGGCGGCAGCAGCAAGAAGAACAAGAAAGAGAACUUUUGAAAAAAAGUAAACCCUUGAGGUUCGAUCGCUUCGGAAGAGAAGUCGACAGCGAAGGAAACUUAGUUGCUGCCAGACCCAUUCUCCACUCCAGCCUCAAGAUCAACCGCAGGCAGCUGCAGCAGCAGCAGGCUGCUGAGACUGCGUAUGAAGACCCAACCACUUGCCCGUGGUAUGACCCAACAAUUCAAACCAAGACAGCUAGAAACCAGCGCAAGCGCAAGGCUCUGGAGUUUCUGCCUAAGGGACAUUAUGUGCGGCUGGAGGAAAACAUGAUUGCCUACCAGCAGCAGCAGCAGCAGCAGCAGCAGCAGCAAGCAGAAGCUGCAGCAGGAACAGACACAAAGACUGAAGUCUCCCCACAAGAGAAACUGGAGACUGCAGCACCAGAUUUGGCAAGGAUCUGGCUGUCGGACUGCCCUGCGGUGGAGCCAUGGGAUUUGGCUUUGUUAAAACAAACGAAGACGAAGGCUUACGAGAUAGAUGAGGUGCAGCAGCAGCAGCAGCAGCAGCAGAGCAGCAGCAGCAGCAGCAGCAGCAGAGCAGCAGCAGCAGAGCAGCAGCAGCAGCAGCAGCAGCGCAGCAGCAGCAGCAAAGACACCUAG